AUGGAACUCGCAGGUCCUCUUUUAGAAACCGUCAAAGGUUUAUGGGGCUUGGCCAGUAAACCCGUGGGCUACAUUUAUAAUCUGAAAGAUAACGUCCGCUUAUUAGAUGAAAAAAAUAAAGCCCUGAAGUCUAUUAGCGGAGAUGUGAAGACGAAGGUGGAACGCGAAGAAGUAGAAGCACAUGUGGGGCCCACGAAACAAGUGGAGGACUGGUUUGGCAGGGUGCAAAAGUCUUCCGGUGAAGUAGAUCAAAUUCUUCGAGAAGCCAGGGAACGUGACGAAAUCAAAUGUCUCAGUCGUUGGCUUCCUCGGAACUGCCGGUCAAGUUAUAAAUUGGGGAAAAGAGUUGAUCAAUUGCUCAAUGAAGUGAGACAGCUUCAAAAUGAGAGAGAAAAAUUUAUAGACCUCACGUCACUGUUGCCUCCUCCUCCGGUGCUCAAGAAGCCUAUGGACAAGCCUGUGGGGCUUGAUAUUUCUCUUAAUGAAGUGUGGAAAUGGCUCAUGGAUGAAAAACAAGUAGGAGUGAUUGGGUUGUAUGGAACGGGCGGUGUGGGUAAGACAACCCUCAUGAAAAGGAUCAAUGAGAAGCUUUCGCAUGCAAAUCACAAAUUCGAUGUCGUUAUUUGGGUGGUGGUUUCAAGGCAAGUGAAUGAAGAUAGCAUUCAAGACGCCAUAAGGAAAAGGCUGAACAUUAAAGAUGAGAGCUGGAGAGGAUGGUCCCAAGAUGAGAGGAUCAAUUAUUUGUGGGAAGUUUUGACCCAUAAGAAGUUUGUGCUGUUGAUUGAUGAUGUUUGGGCAAGCAUGGACCUUUCCAAAAUCGGAGUUCCUCAUCCUAGUUUCGAGAAUGGAUCCAAAGUAGUAUUCACUACUCGGUCAGAGCAAGUAUGCGACCAAAUGCGAGCCGACAAAACCUUCGAAGUUCAGUGCUUGAAGUUCGAAGAAGCCAUGGGAUUAUUUGAGAACAACAUCAGCAAAUUGACUAUACAUUCUCAUCCAGAAAUUCUACAGCUGGCCAAGGACAUUGUGGGAGAGUGCAAAGGGUUGCCAUUAGCCCUUACAACAGUUGGGCAAGCCAUGGCCAAUAGAAAGAAGCCCUCUGAGUGGAAGCAUGCGUUAAGAACGCUUAGGAAUAAUCCAUACAAACUAUCAGGUAUGGAGGAAGUGUACCACAUACUAGAAUUCAGUUAUAUUAGCUUAAAUGACUCUACCGAUCAACUUUGCUUCCUUUACUGUUGUCUCUUCCCUGAGGAUUACCGCAUAGGAUCACGUGACCUUAUUGAACUCUGGAUUGGAGAGGGCUUGCUAGGAGACACCAAUGAUGUAUACAAUAUGCGGGAGAAGGGGGAGUAUAUCUUGGGGAGCUUAAAGAUGGCUUGUCUAUUGGAAAGUGGGCAUGAUGAUGAUGAGGAAGAGGAAGAGUAUGUAAAGAUGCACGAUGUCAUCCGUGACAUGGCGAUCUGGAUCGCUCGUGACCACGGGCAAAGGGAGAACAAGUUGCUAGUGAUAGAGAAGGAAGAAGAUAUGUCCACAAAAGGGAUGUCCAAAUGGGGGGAAGCGGAGAAAGUAUCUAUAUGGGAAAAAUGGAUUCAUAAUAUCGACCAAGCACCACCCGGGUGUUCCCAGCUCAAAACUUUGAUUGUAAGGGAAACUAAAGUGAGUGUCUUGCCAGGAGGAUUUUUCGACUCCAUGACGGCUUGUCUGACGGUCCUUGACCUGUCCGACAAUGAGAAUAUUGACUCAUUCCCCGAAGGGAUUUGCAAUUUGAUUAGCCUACGGUACUUGAACCUGUCGAACACUUACAUUAAUGAGAUGCCUAGGGAAAUUAGGAACUUGAUUUGUUUACGGUGGUUGCUACUAGAUAUGAUGGGGCACAUCCUAAUUCCGAGAGGGGUAGUCGCAAGCUUACCAUUGAAUGUGUUCAGCACUUGGGAAUCGAGGCUAGAGAAUGAAGAAGAAGUGGUAGAGGAACUAGGGCGCAUGCAGGGUCUCACAGAUUUAUCUAUAUAUGUGCAAAAAUCUUCCAUUGCCCUAAAAAUAUUCCAAUCCUUUCAGAGAUGCAUAAGGAGAGUAGCUAUCAAGAAUUGCGAGGGCUUGACCCACAUCCCAAUAAGUCACUCAUUAAAAGGGAGCGGCAAUUUCUCGCAUUUAGAGGUGCUUAAUUUUGUCAAUUGCCCUAUGCUUGUGAAGAUGGAGAUUAAUCAAGGGAUAGGACAAGCGCCCAAGUGCUAUUGCUUCCCCAGCCUCGUUGAAGUUUUGAUUGUAAGAUGCGGAUUUUUGGACUUGUCUUGGCUCAUGCACGCUCCGAAACUCCAAAGUUUGUUGGUCGUGACCUGCAAUUCGAUGGAGAAAAUAGUCGGGGAUGGAAUUGCAAGAGAGGAAUUAGCUGCUUCAGGACUAUUCUCACGUCUCAAAUUCCUAGGCGUCUCCGAUCUUCCAAAACUAAGGAGCAUUUGCGACCACGCUCUACUUUUCCCUCAAGGGGUGGAAUUCAGAAUAAACGGAUGUCGUGGUCUCAGAAAGUUACCGUUGGACUCGAACGGAAUGAGGGGAAGCUUCUCGAUCUUUGGGGACAAAGGCUGGUGGGAGGAGUUCGAGUGGGACCCAGCCGCCUGGGUCACUUUCGAGGGGCGUGGCCGGGGUAACAAAGAGGAAAUGACAUAUGGAGAGGCAGCACGUAAAAUCAAAGAUGGGCCCCCUUCUUACGAAGCCCGGAUCCGAUUCCUACCUCGCUAG